AUGUCUCUCUACUAUGGAGCGGCAGACUCUAAUGAGACAAAUCACGGCGCCAGCAAUGUCGCAGUCAAUGCUAUACCUGGUGCUUCGGCGCAUCAUCUUUCUUCCGCCACCGUCUCCAUGUUGGCCAUCGGUGGAACCAUAGGCACAGGCCUCUUUUUCUCUGUAGCCACGCUUAUAAAACAUGGACCGCUCAUGGCCUUGGGCGCAAUGUGCUAUAUUGCGCUCAUAGUGCUGGUUGUUCUUGAGAUUUCCGGCGAGUUGGCCAUUUUCUUGCCCGAAAACGGGCUGAUCUGCAAGUAUCUGUUCAUGUUCCUUUCGGCGCCCAUGGGUCUUGCCAACAACUUGAUCUACUGGGUCAGCUGGUGUCUCACGUAUGCGCUCGAGCUCUCGAUUGUGGUGUCACUCUGCGGAUUUUGGUUCGAGGACUGGGUUGAAACACACCAGACUUUGCUCAUUCUUGCAGUUUGGGCGCUGCUCACGCUUUUCAACUUGCUUCCGGUCGACUUGUACGGCGACAUUGAGUUUGCCAUUUCGUUGGUGAAAGUGGUGGCCAUUGCGGGCUGGAUCGUGGCGGUGUCGGCGAUUUUGUGUUUCAACGGCGAUGUGAAGAAUGUGUGGAUGGCCCAUUUACCCACGUCUUUGAUCGGGCCCGACUCUGCGCCGGCCGCAUUUGCCGUCAACUUUGUCAGCUGCUUGGUGUUCGCUUCUUUUGUGUUUCAGUCGGUCGAGUCCGUGGCCAUCACCACAGGAGACGUGGUGGAACACGAAAAAACAAUUCCGCAGGUGAUCCGGCUCGUGUUCGUUCGCAUAGUGGUGUUCUACUUGCUUUCGGUUCUUCUCCUCACUUUGCUUGUUCCGUACGACGACCCAGGCUUGCGGUUGGACUCGUCUACAGACUUGAUUGCGUCGCCGUUUCUUUUGGCCUUGCAACACUGCGGUUUCCGCCAAACGGGCGCUCUUUUGCUGGCCUUCAACGUGGUGAUUGUGUCUGCGAUUCUUUCGGCAGCAAACUCCAACGUCUACUUUGGCGCCCGAUGUCUCGAAGCCAUGGCCGAAACACAUCAACACCACAACAAGAUUGCCCGGUUCUUUGCCCGCUCGAAUGGCGCCAACGUUCCUGUUCGGGCCGUGCUCGCAACUUCGGCUUUUGGACUUUUGGCGCUUCUUCUUCGAUUCCAGUCCAUCAAUGCCAUCUUCAAUUUCCUCCUCAUGUGCUGUGCGCUGGCGGGAAUUCUCAUGUGGACGCUUCUCUGUUUCUCGCAUAUCCGGUUUCGCCAGGCUUUGGAAGCACAAAGGAUCCCGUUAUCUCGCUUGAAACAUGUUUCGCUGUGGAACUUGCGUGUUUGGGCCUGGUUUGCCCUGAUCAAUUUGGUGGUGAUUCUCUCGUGCAACGGGCUUACGAAUUUGUGGGAAUUCUCGUGGCUGGGUCUUUUGGGGUCGUACUUGACUCCGCUUCUAUUUUUGGCGCUUUGGAUGCUUUUUCAGGUUGGCUCUUCAGGCUUUGUUCCGUUGGCUGAAGUUGAGCUUUGGCGGGGAAAUUUGAAAGUAGUUGAUGGAUGA